CACUUGCUUGCUGGCAAUUGAUAAACUGACGCAACAUUCGCAGAAUAAAUUUCCAAGUUAUCAAUAUUAUUUUAAUUCAACUAUAUCCAUUUUACUGGUGAUUUUUUUUUAGUAGGCUACUGUACUAAUUACUGAGUUUAAAAGGCGGGAAGAACUCGAGGGGAUGAAAUACAAAAACUACAAGCUUCGGCUGUCGCGUCGAUGCGACGUCAUCACUGCGCGACGUCUACAGGACAGGACACAGGUUUGUCGUAGAUUUCGUUAACAUCAACAAGCGAGUGCUUAUGAGUCCUCAGCGUUAUAUCGACAGUUGUUUUGAGACGCAUUGCUUAAACCACCGUGAGCUACGGUGGAGCUGGUGAUUAUUGGCGGCACCGCUGCUGUAGUCGUGAACCUUGAGUUGUGAAUGACGGAGAGCAGACUUGUGAUGCCAAGUUAGUUCGAACUCUCUCGAGCCGUACCGUCAGUCGGCUUCACUCCACCGAAAAGUUUAAAAACUUUAAUUCAUGACGACUCAUCUAUUGUGAGUCACAACGUGUUUCUGUGCUGUCAGCUCCUCUCAAACAGACUUAAAUAGUUGUAUACGGACUUCAACAUGUCUGUGUAUAACGUUACACGUGUCAAUCAUCACAGAACUUUUGCUCUGCAGCCUGUAAAUUAAAAACAAAGAUGAAGGCUAGCCCUUGAUGAGGGGAACAGUAACGUUUCGUUGUAUCUGGUUUGACUUUAAUGUGCAUGAAAGGUAAUUCUCAUCUGUUUUGCCUGCAAGGACACUUGCCACAGUUAUCUUUUUCACAAAGUUAAAAGCCUGUUUCUAUUCAAUAUCCAUCUUUACUCCACUUAGCUCAUAGCGACCCAUUUAAACACUCUUGGAGUCACUUCUUGUCAUUCCAUUCUAUAGUAACAGUAUUCACAUAUGCAGUGAACAUACUCACCGGUCUACAAGUGAGGUGUUACUAUAUAAUCACAAUAAAACAGACAGGUCAUAUAAGUCAUUUUAGCCAACCUCUUACAGUAAUGACAGAUGGUAUUACUUUUGUUGGCUUCGUCUCGUAGCUGUAGAUAUUAUCCUCUUGUUUUUUAUGUACUCGUAAUUUUAUGAGUUUACUCCUGCACUGAAUAACCUCUGAGGAUUUCCUGCUGUAAAUGGUAAUUGCAACUCUGUCUUGCCAAGCCUGCUUCAUGCCUCAAGCAGCCUAAAUGGAAGGAUUGUGACUGUAAAAAUUUUGAUGUACAGCAGGAGAGCUUUAAUAUAGGUUUAGCUCUUCCUGGUGCCGGGGCUACGGUGUCCUGCUAGUAAAGUAACUUACUUAUACGUCCGCUUCAUUAACACGGAUCAAAAUGCGAUCAUGAAACGGUUUUCCUGUCUGGAAACAUUUGUGGAAUGUGUGAACAGAUUGAGUUUGGCAUUCAAGUUUGAGUUGAGCAUACAGACCCUGACAGUUUUGGCUUCAUCGCAGUACACUGGCAGAACAUUCACAAGCUAAAGUUGAACCAUCCUCUGCUCAACUUUGACGCCAUUUGUGUGACAUGGAGCCAGACGAGGACCUAGACCCCCACACGGAUGACCUUCCACUCCGAGCCAAUACUAACCACAUACUUGUCAGACACUACGUGCUGGACCUGACUGUUCAUUUCGACAGGAAGGUCAUCAGUGGUAGUGUCGUUCUGUUCCUGGAGCCCUGCUCUGGAUCGGGGACUACGGCUGAGGAGGAUGCUGGAGCUGGGACCAAAGAGGCCGGAGUGAGUCAGGGUGCGUUUGUGUGUAGAUUUCGCGGUGUGGAUGAGGCGGAGGAUGGUACAAAAGGACUUGGAGAGAGUCCGACAAGGAAGGAGAAGAAGUUUGGCGCUAGAGAAAGAGAUGCACCUGAAUCUCAGGCUCUGCCUGGCAGUGGUUCGCCACAGACUGCAGCUGAAACCGAAAACAUUCAGUCUUCACAUUCGUGGGAAACCACCAGUGACGGUGAUUUCACCUUAUCGCUGGACUGCUGUGACCUCGACGUGACGAAGGUGGAAGAGGUGGACGUCACCCCCGUGUCAGCCACGUCUGGCCUCCAGCCAGAGGUUGCAUCCGAGUGGUCAGGUGUCAGUUCAGUGAACCCUCAAGCCGCCUUUAUUCAGAACCUUAUCUCCAUGCCCUCUAGCCGAUGGAGGCAGAAGCUGCAGCUCUACUUGCUGUGUAGCCGUGCCCUCGGCGCUCAGGACGGCGGCUCGCUGCAUUUUCGUAGAGACCGAUGGAGUUUGCAGGUGAGGAAGAAGGGGGUCCCGUCACCUCAGGAGUUCCCCCGUGCUCUCAGGAUCUGCUAUGAGACGAGGCCAGCGGGAGGCUCUGUGAGGUGGACCAAAGACCAGGACAACAGGGUGUGUGUUUACACUGCCGGUUCUCCCAUCAACAACAGAGCACUCUUCCCCUGCCAGGAGCCGCCUGUUGCCAUGUCAACGUGGCAGGCAACAGUACGGGCCCCCAGUGAGUGUGUGGUUCUGACGAGCGGGGAGGAGCCCACUGUACCUAUUGAGGACGGGGACACAUGCUCCUUAAUCUGGCAUUGCUACGUCACCAUGCCCAUGCCCGCCUCCACCUUCACCUUGGCAGUGGGCCACUGGCGCCAAGUCACAGCGGAAAAUCCCCCAGCGUUGGAACGGGGUGCGAGGGACGAGACGGAUUGUGACGAGGCGGCUAAACUCUGUGCCGGACCUGGGGAAUGGGCCCCGGCUGACCUAAUGUCUGGACUUGGGAGCUCCAUCAGUGAAGUAGUAAAGGGCCCUCUACUCAAGACUGGCAGCGGAGACCAGACCGCCCGCUCACACUCUGCAUUGCGUUGCUCUUCGCUUGAGGACGAGGGGCCCUUCUCUGUAACUGAUUAUUCGGGCAUGGCGGAUGACGGCAUCUCUUGUUCCCAUGGCGACUACCCUUGCCGAUUUACCGAGCAGUCGGCUCGGUCCCAGCGGGUGAUUCCCCACCGUGUGUUUGGACCCGUCGGCUUGUUGCAGAAAGCCCAGAUGGGAGUCCUGAAGCUUCUGCCUCGAUGCUUGGCUGCAGCCCACACCGUUCUGGGUGUCCACCCCUUUCCCCGCCUUGAUGUUCUCAUCGUUCCAGCAGGGUUCUCCAGUCUGGGCAUGGCCAGCCCCCAUAUCAUUUUCCUGUCCCAGAGUGUGCUGUGUGCUGGGAGUCUUGGUUCUGGAGAGAACGGCCUGUCUCUGUGCGGGUCCAGGAUCUGCCAUGAGAUCGCCCACUCCUGGUUCGGCCUGGUUAUCGGAGCCAGAGACUGGACUGAAGAAUGGAUCAGCGAGGGCUUUGCCACCUACCUAGAGGACAUUAUCUGGGCCCAAGCACAACAACUCUCCUUACAAGAGACAGCAGAACAGUCUGACCUGAAGGCACUGCUGAGGUGGAGACGACUCUCUGAUGAGUUGCAGAACUCAGAGGAGGCUCUUCAAAUCCUUAGACCUAACAUGGAGAACACUGGUCGGGUCAGUGAGUCUGGCUCCUCCACGGUCAAACAUGCCCUCAACCCUGACAAAACCUUCAUGCAAGUCCACUACCUCAAGGGUUACUUCCUGCUCAGGUUCUUGGCCAGUCAAGUGGGAGAGAAACAAUUCAUCGACUUCUUCCGAGUAUUUGUGAAGAAAUACCACGGGCAACUCAUUUUGUCUCAGGAUUUCCUACGAAUGCUGCUGAUUACCUUCCCCGACAUUGAGAGAAAAGGCCUCACCCUCAGUGCUAUUUACGCCGACUGGCUUGAUCGACCGGGAAUUCCGAAGUGGCUGUAUGAAAGGAGCGCCGUGUGGUCACAGGCGAGGCUGGUGGAAGAAGUCAAAGCAGAGGUUGUAAAAUGGAUUCUCCUCAGUCAGAGUCAUCAGGGGAAGGGCAGAAAGCGGAAGAGAACAGAGCCCAAGGUGAACUACAAAGAGGUGACGUCGGAGCAGCUAGUGAUGCUUUUGGAGCUUCUGCUGGAGGAAGAGGAGCUGAGCGGGGCCACAUUGCGCGCUCUGCAGAGCACUUACAACCUACAGAAUCAAGAUGCUGAGGUCAAACAUCGCUGGUGUGAGCUGGUGGUCAGACAUGCGUACACUCGGGCUUACGGAGACGUGGAAACCUUCCUGGUUCACGACCAAGCGAUGGGUGUGUAUCUGUACGGGGAGCUGAUGGUGCAGGAGGACCCUGAGCAGCAGGCUCUGGCCCGUCGUUGCCUCUCAUUGGUCCAGGAAGAAAUUGACCAAUCGGCACGCAGAGUGGUGGAGGAGAUGGUUCUCUGACAUUCAAGGUAAAGUCUCACUCUCCGUUUCUCAUCACCUUUGUGUCGAACAUGCUGCUCGUCGUGCCAUUUUGUGUCCUUGAUAGUAUUCUUAAAGUUAAACUGAGAAGCAAAAUGCAAAUCUUCAUCUUCUUCUUUUGCACUUUUGUUUCUUUCAACCCCCACAGUCAAUUAGUGGAAUUCUACUUUCAUCAUAAUUUACUCGAAGAGGUCCACAAGCUGAACCGGAAAAGUACAAAUACAUUUGUGUAGCUUUCUUUGUGAAUGUCAGGCUAGUUUUGUGUAUUCCUCCAUUCUACACAUAGAAAGAGAAUAUUCCUCUCUCAUAUCUGACCUUCAGUCAGAAGUGAGGUGGAGGUGGCGACCGUAAGAAAAUCUUUGUGUUGGAUUGAUCCUGAUUCCAUCUGCCCCAGCGGACAGUCCACACUUUAAUCACUUGGCUACCUAUUCUUCACAUUCCUCUCUGAUCCCACUGAGUGUGUGUGUGUGUGUGUGUGUGUGUGUGUGUGUCAGUGUGUAUAAGCACGUGUGUGUUUGUAGACUUGGAUUGGGGCCUUUCCGUGGUUUCACAGCAGCACCAUCAGAUGUGUUUGUCAGAGAAGGAAUUCGGGAAUGUGCUCCUCAAACAAACGAGAGAGGGAAGAAAGAAAAAGCGAGAUGACGGGUCAGCGAGCGUUUUCUGAAGGGCUCAGGGCGGUCUCUACUCGAUGUGGGAUGAGUUUUACACUGACCAUGAAAUUCCUCCAGAACAGCAACUAUCACUCAUUGAGCUUUUUUGAUGAUUCAGAACAGUGAGGGGUUUACUGGUCUCACACCAAAUGAAGUGCAGAGAGAAAUUUAUGCUUUAGACGGACAGACAGAAAGAAAUGGGAGGAAGAAAGAGUGCCGAAGGGAGGACCGUAGUGAAGACAGGUCUCUUUGAAGCUGCUGCUCUUUUCAUAACAGUCCUGCUAUUACUGACACUAAUCUUUAAAUAAUGAGAGCAGGCAGUUAAUCACAUCUUUGCUCCACAAUUGAACUGUAGUAACCCAGCUGUUCCUCAAAGCUUUUAAACAAUACAGUAGUAUUGCUGCAUCGACCAAACAGAAAUACAACAACAAGAGAGAAGAAAUCCUCACAUUUGAGAAGCUGAAACAAGCAAAUGUUUGCUUUAAACAUAAAUCCAGAAAUCGCUCAAUGUGAAACAACCAGAGUGGUUAUAAGUUUGGCAGAACAUCGAGAAGCUGGGUUUUAGUUUAGACGACUGCAUCUAACUUUACAUGAAUUCUAAGAAAGAAGACACAAAAGUAAGAACAUAGUCGCACUGUUACUUAGUGAAACGGUUCGCACCGUGCAGGGUCGUUACAACGUAGAGUUGACAUUUACACUGGUGUACAGCAUUUCCUAUUGAGUGUGUCAGAAAGAUAAUGGGUAAGAACAAUGUUCGAAGGGGCUUCAAUGUAUCCCGAACAUCGUGACUGACUCCAUCCCCCACAUUUAUGAUGGCACUGACACAUCUAGCAAACUCCCGAAACAGCAAGUAUAGGGUUAAACACUGUGUCUGUGACCUUCUGCGACACAGGCUUCGUCAAAAGGAGCUGCUAAAUACUUGUCACGUCACCCUGAGUGAUUUACAGCACUAAAUCCUUUUUUAGGCCGUGACCAAGCCACUACAAGACAGGCUUUUAUCUUCAGACACACACACACACACACACACACACACACACACACACACACACACACGCAAACGGACAGCUUUAUGCAUUUGAGCAGGAUGUGAAAGGCUUUCUAGACAAGUGCUCGGCAUCUGGCUCGGUCCUGAUAAAUCUCUCUGACACACACACACACACACACACGGACAGCACACACAUAUGUAGCGCCUAUCUGUCUGUGCCCGCAGAUCUUUUGUCAUCAUCCUUCACUCCCUCUCUACACCUCCCUGUGGAGCCUCACUACAAGUUCAGGAGGACUGAAACGGACGAGCUAGAACACCUAUAAAAAAAAAAAAGAAUAGAAGAAGAAAAGGAGCAUUUAGAGAUUUAUAUCCUAUAACUUUUACUGUUCUAUCCCGUUGGACUGAACCAAACAAGCCCCUGUAAACAUCAAUGGAUCAUGCUGGUCAACUGAGCUCAGGUCCAGAUUUCUCUCCAAUUAAAAUGAUGGAUGAACCAACCUCCUCGCUGCUUUUUCAUAUUGCACUGCGGGGAGAUGGAUUGAUGUUUUACUGCUCACUUUGUGUGCCCCAACCAUCUUUUCUUAAGUGGAACAGUCCUCCCUGUACCCUUUACACCCUCUCACACACACACACACACACACUCACACACACACACGGUACAGUGGGAUUAGGCAGAGGCGGGCUGAGAGGGUUUUAACUGAAAACAUGUCUGUCAAGGUGCACUCCCUGCUCUGUGUUUUUAAACCUAAAAAGCACAACCCUUUAAAGGAGAAGGGUGGUCUCCCCCUGUCCUUUUUUCCCCUUUCCCCCUCCCUCUCACUCCCCCGUUCUUUUCUUCCCCCCGGUACAUGCCUCUGGAAUCCUUCUUGAUCCGCUUAAUGAGGGGCAUAUCGCCGGGUUAGCCGAGCGUGGCAAAUGGGAGAGGAGGAGAGGGGUAACCAAGGAGCGAGAGAGAGAGACUGAGUAUCAACAAGUCUGGUCUUUCACGACUGCGCUCUGAUGGCAGACGUAAGGGAGAAAGAGAAAGGACAAACAAAGUUAGAGGUUUUCACCUCUAGGUAUCGCAGGUUAGAGCUGGACUUGAGGAUGUAGUCGCAGCAAGAAAACACGAGACAGAGAAAAGAUCUUGUUCCUUCAUGUCUGGGCUGUGAGGGUUCCUGGCGUGCUGAUUUGUGACUUAUGAUAAAAUCACAUUGCCAGGGAUUACCACACAGCCCUGACCCAACCGGCUGCCGUGGCAACCACAGCCUCUCCUACACACACACACAGACACACACUCAUUUGUCCCCCAGAAACUUAAAACUAAAGAAGACAUGAUUACCUCAGAGUGGGUGUGAUUGUGUUUGAGGAGUUGAUGAUUUGGAAGCGCAGAGAAGGAAACGGAUGAUGGUGGAGCCAGAGGGUCUUGAAGUGUGUGUGUGUGUGUGUGUGUGUGUACACGUGUGUGUGUACGUGUCAGUCCUCCAGACAGGUUUUUUUAUCCUCUCUCCAGCCAGACACAGAGCUUAGCUGAUUGGUGAACAGUGAUUGAUUCCCUCUUUGUUCACAGUGGCUAAGUUCUGCACCUGAGGAGAGCUUGACCCAGACAAGCAGACAAAGGAAGACAACGGAUGUGUGGGACAGAAAGAGAAAACAGAAAUGCUCUUUUAAGUUUUUACGGUGUGUGUGUGUGUGUGUGUGUGUGGGUGUGUUUGCGCUUUCGCGUGAACACACUUGAGUUUGAUUAUCUAAUGUGUGUUUGUACAUUUCAGUCACAGAACUCCUUCCCCUUUGUCCUCUUCUGUUUUCUCGCUCCUUACUUUGAUUGACUUGCAUCGUUUCACCUUCCCCCCCUUUCUCUUAUCUCAUUUCACUGUCUCCUUAUCUUGCAUUUCCAAUUCAAUUUAGUCUAACCUCAGUCGAAAUAUCUCUCCUCUCUUCCUCGCCUCACUUGCAUGUCUGUGAAGCUUUUCCGCUGAGGCCCUCUCACUCAGAAGAAUCAAACACACGAGCCUCGUCACACAAUGUGCAACAUUGCUAAUGAGCGCCGCUCUACGCUCUCCUGCAUUGCCCGUGGUUCUUUCCCUCCUCUUUCAUCUUCUUCUCUCGCUCCGCCCUUCUGCUUCCGUCUCCUUUCAGUUCCGUAGUAUAAAAGAUAAUCUUGCAGAUGAUGCCGGUUUUGCACGGUUUUGUAGUUUUUUUAGCAAAAAGGUGAGAGCCGAGCACCUCAGGAGAGAGACUGCACUUCCAGUACUAAUGAGACCUGGGAAGACCCAAAACGCUGCCCAAUGCUGCUGACAGAUAUUACAUCAGUCCGGGAGCAGUGGCUACAAUUAUCACCCUCGUAAUCAUCGUUGUCCUUCAUCGCCACCAUUCUGUCUUUCUUACAGCCGGCACUCAUUGUGUCCCAAAGUCAUACUACGUACACAUUCUAUUUUCAGGCAUACAAUGUGGAUCAUUUUAUUUGAUGCAUGUCAGGUAUGAAGACGUACAGAUAACACAAUUAAUCUUUUCCUUUAGUCUCACACCUAUGAACAUGGAACUUGACAGCCUGCCUUGUAAGCCUUGUUGGGGAACAUCAUUUAGUCCAUUUAAAUGUCUAUAUAUUUUUGCACUAUUAAGUACUUUUUAGUAUGACCUUAAAAAUGGUCAAUUUGAGAAGGAGGCAGUACGGGAAAAGUCAUUUGAAAAUCGGCAGGGAUGUUUAGUUGCGGCUGCAGACAUGAUCGAUAAUCGACAAUCUCAAGAAGGCUUAUCUCCGUUUGAAGUUACAAUUCGGCGUAAUUUACUAUAUGAACAUCAUGCUGUGUUGAAGAAGACUCUAAACUAGCGAUUGAGACCAUAAACUAGGGUAGGGUCAUUUUUUCAGACUUUCAUACAAUCGGACUUCUUUUUGCAAGCUGAGGAGUCGCCCCCUGCUGGGCAGUAGAGGGAGAUUCCGCAUUGGCUUCACUCGGCUGAAGCAGAGGUUGCCGCCUGGCAAAAAAAAUCAAAGUGUGAAAACAACAAGUGGUGGUUUUAACAGAGGGAGCGUGGUGUACUAUUUCUUGGCUGAUUGCAGUGACUUCCUGUUAUUGUUGUUCUGGUGUAAAUUUCCCUAAAAUGUCGAACUAUUCCUUUAACUUUGGUUUAAUUUAAUUUACAUACAGCAGGGUAAUUAGUUAAACAGGUUGACGGGGCCUGCAGCAAAUCAGUGCUCAUCUUUGUGCUUCAGGCUUUAAGCUUCAAAUCACGUUGGCAGUGAAAAGUGCCGUUCCGUGCGUCCCUGGCAGAUACGUAUUGAUUUCUGAACUAAUCUCAGACGGAGGAAACCAAGAGACAGAAAGCAGACGGUUUCUCACCGAACACCUUUCCACACUGGGAAGGAAAACAAGACUGAGGCUUCAAAGGAUGGACAUCUUGCAACGAUUUUAGAGCUUUUCAUGGUUUAGGGAGGUCAGUUCCACUUUAUUGUGACAGUGAAGUGUUUCUGCAAUGGAUUUACUGUGCCAUGUAGCUUCUAUUGUGUUGUCUCAGAGAAGCAAGAGGUUGUGAUCCUGUAAAAACACACAGUGACGACAAGAAAAGCAGGACUUGUCAAUUGGGUUACAAGUAACACACGCUUUGUCUUAAAGAGUGCACUGAGAGAGGGUUCCCCAAUUAGUCAAGAUGAGCUUGAAACUCCAAAAAACGAUUUAUGCAGGUUUGUAUUUAGGUUUGUAUUUAUCUCGAUCUGUCUCAAGAUUUUCUUUUUUGUUUUGAAGCCGUUAUACAACAACCUCCAUUUGCAUGUUCCUACCAGAGAGAAUACAUCAUGUAAGACUGCGUCUUUAAGUUUAAAAUACUGCCCCACAGUAACUUACUGUAUAACUUUUCUAUUACAUGGGUGUAGUCCACUGUUAUAUCAGCUAAUUGUAAUGCCAAGCCGUACCGUUCUGGACCGAUCACUCCCCAAUCAAAACAGUGACAGAUGGCUGGAAAUGUAUUUUAAAACUGUCCGUCUUUUUUUGGCAGUCACGAUACGAGGCGUGAGGAGGUAUUAUAGCGCUCUAUAUGCACACCGACAAAAUGGCGACUAAACGAGGACAGAUGUGUGAAUUAGAAAUGAGGGCCAUGUGGAGUCUGCCAUUUUUAGACCUAUAUUUAGGGCUUGUUAAAAGACUAAUGACCAUCAGAGGCCUGUAAAAGAGAGGAAUUGCCAUCAGAGCCUGUAUCUAAAAGGUGAUUUAUUACACUCUAAUGGGAGGGAAAUGGUGCUCUGCACAUAAAAGGACCAAGCAACAUUGUAUGAAGACACCAAAAAUAAACUUAUUUAGCCCACACCGUCUUUUCUCCACGCAGCUGAACUUGACUGAUUGUCUCUUAAAUGUCAAUUAUAUUUUAGAGAGCUGUUGUAUUCAAUUUCAAGUAUAUGUUGGAAACUUUGUCAUUUUUGAUGCAGGUUGUAUGCAUGCUCCUCACAGAAGGUGCUGGAAUGUGAUUUUGAUGGAUUUAUAGCUGGAUUUUUAUGAUCGGACUCCUGAAAUAGUCUAAUAGCCUAUUUUUUUAAGCCAACGAUGUACCAAUCAUUUUGGAUAGCUCCCACAAUCCAGCAGAAGUCUUGCUGAGACUGCGGUGGAGAGGUUUCUACCGUGUCAAGCACACCUUUCACCAGCUAGUGAGAUCCAACAACCUCAACAGUCUAGAGGAACCUCAAGUUGUGGGGUUUCUUGUGGGUUUGGCAAAGCGGAACGCCGCCUGAGUUGACGUUGCUUUUUGCUUCAUUACAGACAAAAGAAAAAAAAGAGGAGAAAGUAUGUGUUCAUAGCUCGCCAGUGCUUUGUGAAACAGAGAGAAGAGAUAUUUGGGACUGGCUUCCUGUGCCUACUGAGCUGAUUAUCAGUCCUAUACAGCCACUGGCUCAGUUCAGCAGGAACAGGAGUCCAGUCCACUCACCACCGAACCAGAAGAAAACACGAGCACUGGCUUGCAUGGAUUAUACACCAAAGCCGCUGUUCUAUUGGACGGUCAGUUGCUAGAAAAUGAUUUGGCAACCGCUUUGAUAAUCGACAAAUCUUUGUGAAAUGUUUGGGUUUUGUCUGUUGCUUGGAUAUCUUCGGGGUUUAACAUUUCUCACUAUUUUAUAACAUUUUGAAGCCUACACUAUUAAUUAUUAUUAUUUUUUUUUUUUACAAAUGAAUAGAUUAAAAAUGUAUUGUUACUUGCAGCCCUACUUUUGUAUCAGCAUUUAUAUCUGCAGAUUAAUAACAAAGAACUGCAGCAAAGAUUUGUGUGCAGUGAGACGUUAGAAAUAGCGUCUGCAUUACAUAGUUUGUCGACCAGAGGGUAAAUAUCCCGCUCAGUUCUUUUCUUUCAUUUGAUUUAAGAGAUUCUUAUCCUCAGCUAUAUUGGUCGAUCUAUUUUUAAACUCUGAAAUAUUGGCAUCUGCCUCCGAAACCCAGUAUCGGUCGAGAUCUGUGUUUUCGGCCAAACUGGAUGAUUUGUCGAUACUGAACACACACAAGUAUCCAGUGUUUGCCUUUACAUUAGGUAACCAAAUGUUCUGUAAUGUUCCAAUCUGAACGUGUCCUUCUCUUCCAGUUUGCUGACCUCAGAUGGAGGUGACAGGAGUUUGGCACACGGGGUCCAGUGCUCACCUCCUCUUCCCCUGCAAGAGAUGGGAGGCUAAAGAAUCACUCAGCAGUGUGAACACCAAAAGGACUUCGCUCUAACUCGACAGCCACGGCCAACUGGCAAGGUUUAGAGCACUUCUGUCCAUUCGAGACUCAAGAGAUAACUUGUGUGUGUGAACCACUAACGAUACGAGCUGUUCCCAGUGAGAUGCACCAUUGUUUACAUUGUUGGUGUGAUGAAAGUGAAAAAUCACACAAUUGACAUGUUUUAAAAUGAUAGAUACUGGGAGAUGUUUCAUGGAUGGAGACACAUCCUUCCAUGUUUAGGAGCCUGUGUAUAAGUUAGACUCUUUGUGUGGGUGUGACUUCAUGUCUGUUUAGUCUGAAGCCGUGAUGUGGUUCUUAAGAGUUGGACAGGAAAUGGUUUCAUGUCAUUCCCAUUUUUAUACAUAACAAAUGACUUCACUCUGACCAAUAACGACCUCUCAGUGCAUUUCUAUAGGCAUACAUUAUGGUUUGGUGACUGCUGUGCGAACAAAUUCUAGGAGUAAACUUUUAAAAACUUUUUUUUUGUGUAUUUUAAGUGACGUUUUUUGAAAUGUUCAUGUUGAAAUAAAAUUAUGUUUUCCUAAAAUAAAUGCAUUCCUUUUUCUUAAGCUUAUCUGUUGAGCAAAACCUGAACAUCAGUUCGCAACUCAUUCCUUCUUUAUAUGCAAGAUACGAGUAUCAUAGCCAGAUUGAUUUACAAAUUGGAUUUACUGAAUUAAACACUGGCUGUGUAAUAUGUCAGGUUAAGUGAUAUCCAAUAUAUAUUUAGUUCACAAACUCAGUGAAGAACAUUUUUUAAAUGUCUUUUUCUUUUUUUUUUUAAAUGUUGCACAGACUGUGUACUAUUAUGUGAUGCUACACUAGAAUCUCCGGUCAGACAGACAUUCUGUGUGUUGACUUUCACAUCUUUCUAUUUUUUAACAUUUUAAUUAUAUACUAUACUAUGACUUUUUGGACAUUUUAAUGACAUACUAUACCACAAAUCUUCUGAUUGAGGGGAUUAAAUUAAAUUUAGUAAUCAAGUAACUCAAGGAAUCUCCCAGACCCUAGACAUUAUAUGAGAAUUUAGAGCUUAUGAGAUUAUGAGCCUACUAUAGUAUAGCUUUUAAAUUACCUUUUUCCUUAUUUUUUUCUAGGUUAUGACUUUUUUAAUGAGUUCUUUCAAUAUACUAUACAAUUACU